AACCAAAAUCAAGACCCAAGUUGACUCCUUGAUCGUUCUUCAACUGUCAGUGUAUUCUCAUUCGCUUCUCAAACACACACACAAACACACUCUAUUCCUCAUUUCUGUUACACAAUACAAUGGAUGCUGAGUUGUUAGAACUACAAAAACAAUUCGAAUUCGCACAGCAAGCAAAAUCAAGCGUCCGCUUAUCCGAUCGAAACGUCGUCGAAUUGGUCCAAAAGCUCCAGCAACUUAAAAUCAUCGAUUUCGAUCUCCUCCACACCGCCUCUGGCAAAGAAUACAUCACUCCCGAGCAAUUGAGGCAUGAAAUUGAGGUUGAGAUAAAGAGAUUAGGCCGAGUUUCGUUGAUUGAUUUGUCGGAUAAAACUGGAGUUGAUUUGUAUCAUGUGGAGAAACAAGCUCAGAAUAUUGUAUCGAGUGAUUCGGCGCUUAUGUUGAUUAAUGGCGAGAUUAUAGCGAGUUUUUACUGGGACACUGUUGCGGAGGAGAUAAAUGAGCGUUUACAGGAGUGCAGUCAGAUUGCGUUGGCGGAGCUUGCUGCUCAGUAUCAAGUUGGUUCGGAAUUGCUUGUUACUGUUUUGGAGCCUCGUCUUGGAGAUUUGGUCAAAGGUAGACUUGAAGGUGGGCAGUUGUAUACCCCAGCAUAUGUUGACCGUGUUAAUGCUAUGGUACGUGGUGCUGCGAGGGGUGUUACUGUUCCCACGAAUCUGUCAGCUUUGUGGAGCUCAUUGCAGCUUCUGCUGCAAGAGAUGGAUGGAGCUAGUGGCGUAGCUGUUGAUGGGUCAUUUUUCCAGUCACUGUUUAAUGGAUUGGUGAAGGAAGGUGAGAUUCUUGGAUCACUUCGUGCAGGAGUUCACUGGACACCCACAGUCUUCGCAACUGCUCAAAAAGACUCUGUAGAUGCUUUCUUCUCACAGAAUUCUUUUAUCAGCUAUGAAGCUCUAAAUAAAUUAGGAAUUCCGUCAGCCAUACAGUUUCUGCAGGCCAGAUAUCCUGAAGGUAUACCCUUAGUGACAGUAUUUGUUCACCCAUCAAUGGUUGAUAUCUUGGAUGCUGCUGUAGAGGAUGCAAUAGAACGUGGUAGCUGGAUAGACACACUUACAGUGUUACCAGCAGCAUUUGCCUCCCAAGAUGCUUCUAAGAUUUUAUCUCUUUGUCCAUCCAUUCAGGGGGCCCUUAAGUCCAAUGAAGCACACGUAUUGGGGGAUUCAUAUGUGUUCAGCAACGGAUUCGUCAAGAAUCUCUUUGAAAGCUUGGAUAAGGAAUCACAAACAUCAAGUCUUUCAGGGGUAUACGGGACACAGGCUCCUGACAGUUUGGAUGCCUCUAUUGACUCUAAAGUCCGUAAGGGUCUAAGCAGUAAUCUGACUGAAUCAAAUGAAACUGAAGCUGAGAUUGUUAAUAGCAAACAUACAUCGGAGGUAGGAUCGAAGAAGAAAAGGGGAAAAUCUUCAGGUAAUGCAAAGACUGGAGCAGCUGAAAACAGUACAGACAACCAAGAAUCUGUUCCUAGUAAAUCUAAGAGGAAUCAGAAAAAAGGCAAGGCGAUGGCUGCCCAAGUUUCAGAUCUAAAGCCUGGGGGAAAGAAAAGUGUGGACAAGUUGCCUGAGGACACGGUCAAUAUUUUUCCAGAGAAGUUGCUGAUUCAGAGGAUUAACAAGCUAGUACCUGAAUUUGAGGAGCAAGGAAUUGGUGAUCAGGAAAUAGUUCUUUCAUCUCUAGCGCAUCAUUUGAGACCCAUGCUCCUCAAUUCAUGGAAAGAGAGAAGAAAGGCGGUGUUUACAGACAAUACACAACGGAUGAAGCACAUAUUGGACAGUUUACAAAAAAAACUUGAUGAGUCUUCCUUAAAUAUGCAGUUGUAUGAAAAGGCACUAGAGUUGUUUGAAGAUGACCCAUCAACCUCAGUUAUCUUACAUAAACAUUUGCUGAGAAGCACAGCGACCCCUAUGGUGGACACUCUCUUAAAGAACUUGGAUGUGUACAGUAAAAUGAAAAAUGGAGUUGACGUUGAGGAAUUUCAAAAUCCUGAAUCUAUUUCAUGUAGCUCUGCAGAAAGACUUGCUCUUGCAAAGAAUUUGCCUGGAUCUCUUUCUGUUAAAGCUACUGCACUAGUUGAAGCUUUAGAAGGGAAGAGCGUGGAAAACUUUUUAGCCUCUCUUAGGGAUAUGGCAGAAGAGAGUGGUAUAUCUUUGAAAAAGCUUGAUAAGAAAUUGGAAAGAACUCUUCUUCAUUCUUACCGCAAGGAGUUGGUGUCGCAAGUAGCUGCUGAAACUGAUCCUGUUGCUCUUCUGCCCAAAGUCGUUUCUCUACUUUAUAUACAGGUUCAUGGUAGAGCUCUUCAAGCUCCUGGGAGGGCCAUUUCCGUUGCGGUAUCUCGGUUGAAGGAUAAAUUGGGAAAGUCAGAGCACAAGAUUUUAGUGGAUUACCAUAGCGCUACGGUGAGCCUUCUAGCGCUAAUAUCUGCGGGGACUGCUGAGGAAGAAGACUGUUCGUCUGACCGUAUUUUGAGCAAAAGGGAGUUACUGGAGAGUUUAAUGUCAGCAUUGAAGGGCUUGGUCUUAGGCACCUCGCAAGCUUGAUCUUACAUUUCCAGAUCUUAUAACAUUCAAAUCAUAAAUUUGGUCUUUCUUUACGUAGUUUUCAUUGGUAUAGCCUAGGCAGAUUUUGUGUACCCACCUCAGUAGUUUGCACUACACUCGGGAUGGCAAAUUAAUAGAUUCAUAUACCCGCCACCAAGCUCUAAUGUUAAUUAUACAAUUGUGAGCUGUUCUCCAUUGCAUUGGAAGAUUGGAAUUAUGUCGAUAACUAAAUUAGAUGUUAAUAUAAUACAGUUCAUGAUAUUUUUUGUAUUUCAAUAGAAGUAAACUGCACUUUGGUUACC